UCAGAUUCAGGGCAGUGGGUGUGUAAAGAUAGCCGAAACCAGAGGUACGCCUAUCUCUGCGAUGAUUCAUUGUGUGAUGUGUGUAUAGAAGUGAAUGCUGCGUCGCAGCUGGAUGUUGUGAUGCUGGAGACAGGCCGGAUCUAUUUAACACGCUCGCAUAUCGUGCAUGGAGCCCAAAGCUAAAACACCUGAUAAACGACGGACAGGAAUAAGGAAUCUUUAGACCAGCUCUUUCCAGUCUUUUUACGACUGUAGUGCAGAGGAUUUAAGGUGGUUUCUGGAGACAUGUUCUAAGCGGAGGAGUGGCGGCGUCUGGCGGGAUGAAGGCGCCGAGGAGACCGAGGCAGACGCGCCUCCUCCCGCGGUUCUGCGUCUGCGGAGUCGGUCUGCUUGCAGCCGCUUGGAUCCUCCACUUCAAAAAUGACACAGGUGCACAUGGAGCCUCAAUUGAGGAGGAUAUCUCCUUGUUUAAGAGAGGGCUCAUCCAGGAAAAAGAGGCCAACCACACUGACACUAUUUCUACAUCUGCUCUUGGUGAUUUUCCUGAUGAUGUUUUUACUCUGGAGCAGAGGAGACAGGGAGCAGUACUCCUGCACGUUCUUUGUGCUAUCUACAUGUUUCAUGCACUGGCCAUUGUGUGUGAUGUUUACUUUGUGCCAUCACUGGAAAAAAUAUCAGAGAACCUUGAGCUCAGUCAGGAUGUUGCCGGGGCAACAUUUAUGGCAGCUGGAAGCUCUGCUCCAGAACUGUUCACCUCUUUGAUUGGGGUGUUUAUAACAAAAGGAGAUGUUGGCGUUGGAACUAUAGUGGGAUCGGCUGUCUUUAACAUCCUGGUCAUAAUUGGCAUCUGUGGCAUUUUCUCUGGACAGCCCAUCUCUCUUAGCUGGUGGCCUUUGUUUCGGGAUGCUGUUUUCUACAUCCUUUCCAUAGUGGUGCUCAUCCUGGUUAUCUUUGAUGAAAAAGUCAUGUGGUGGGAGACCAUUAUCCUUAUUUCAAUGUAUGGAAUCUACAUAAUCAUCAUGAAGUUCAACAGAUCUCUGUACAGCCUGGUAGAGACACACUGCAGCAGAGCAGGUCAACCGUGUCUGAGCAGCCUGCGAAGGACGACGGCUGUCGGAAGCAUUGGAGACUGUGACAACGACAUGGUGCCGCUGAAGCCAGAUUCCAGUGUGGUGGCCGGCCAAGAUUCAGGGGUGAUGAGGGUGGAUGAGCUGCUGAACAGGCACCCCCAUCAGCUCUCCUUCUCAGAGGCAAGCCUCCGCCUUCUCAUCACCCCACAUUUCCCCCCCUUCACCCGCCUGCGCAUGGCAGGACGCAUGGUCAUCAAUGAGAGGCAGAGGCUGAUUAGAGCCCGGGGAGCCUCGGAGGAGGGAGCAGCUUCAGGGGAUGAAGGUGUAGGUGCUAAUGGGACUGUGGUCGAGGGAGACAAGCAGCUGCCGGAGGGAGAAAGGGAGAGAGGUAAAGAGACCAUGGGAGAGGCAGAUGCCAUGGCCCAGCCUAAAGAUGAGGAGGAUGAAGAGGAGGAAGAGCAAGAGGAAGGAGAUGAUGAAAACGCUCCCUUUAAACCUUUUGUCAUACCAGAUGGCUGGUGUAUGCGUGUGAAAUGGCUGCUCUCUUGGCCAGUGAGCGUUCUGCUUCACUUCACCAUCCCUGACUGUAACCAGCCACGGUGGGAGCGCUGGUACCUGCUCACCUUCCUGUCAUCCACUCUCUGGAUAGCCCUCUUUUCCUACCUCAUGGUCUGGAUGGUGACCAUCAUCAGCUACACUCUUGGAAUCCCAGAAGUCCUCAUGGGAAUCACUUUUUUGGCAGCUGGCACCAGUGUCCCGGACUGUAUGGCCAGCCUCAUAGUCGCCCGACAAGGGAUGGGCGACAUGGCUGUGUCCAACUCCAUUGGCAGUAAUAUUUUUGAUGUGCUGCUGGGCCUGGGUUUUCCCUGGGCACUGAGGACUCUCAUAGUCAGCUAUGGAUCAGUGGUGACGAUUAACAGCAAAGGCCUGGUGUACUCAGUGAUUCUGCUGUUAGCCUCCGUCACUCUCACUGUCCUGUGUGUCCAUCUGAACUGCUGGAGGUUGGACCGCAGGUUGGGACUCUGCCUCAUUCUUCUCUACGCCAUCUUCCUCCUCUGCUCUAUCGGUUUUGAGAGGCUUUAAAAGAAAUAUUCACACUCCACAUACUGAGUCACACAAAAAAGCUAUCUGAUUUCCACAUUCACUGCUGUCAUUAUUCAUCAGAUGUGUAGGCAGAUGACUUUUCAUGGCAUUUCACAUCUUUAAAGCUGCAUUGUUUACCUUUGAUAAAACAAAAAUUUUACAUAGUUUUGUACCGAGCACCCCUGACCAAGAUUUUGUGAAAUAAACCCAGCUGAAGAUGCACUAUCUCCAAAAAAAUUUAGAAAGUAUUGAAUUUGCAUUCCGAGACAAAGAAUAUUGUACAAGAAACCCAAGAGUGUGUUAGUUUACCUAUAAAUACUUAAUGACUGCCACAAGUAACCUCAAACACCAGAUGAUUAUAUGUGAGUUUCUAUUGUUGCUUCUCAGUGUGCACUUUUGUCAUGUCAGAUUAAAUGUCAAGUAUUCAUCAUACAUUUGUAAACAACAUAGCAUGGCUGACCAUCACACUCCAGAUAAUUGCACUGAGCCACUGUUCUGGCCUUUUUCAAAACAUAGCCCUGUUCUUGUUUCCUAAAAGCUUUGCAGCACAGAUGGGUGUGAUUUUGUGAAGGAACAAAUGACACUGUAUGCUUCAAUUUGAUUUUGAAUGCCUGUAUUUGGAGAGACUCCUGGUGUGUGUAUU